GGCAAGCUGGGAGACAGAAGAUCCAAGAUGCCACGCUCACGAUGUGAUGUCAUGUCCAAAGAACCUAGCACCAACCUGGAGAGUGCCAUGCAAAUGCUCAUCAAGACCUUCCAUAAGUACUCGGGAAAGGAAGGAGACAAGUACACACUUAGCCGAGGGGAGCUGAGAGAACUACUUACAGAGGAGCUGGGAAACUACUUAGGGAACGCGCAAGAUAAGGAUGCAGUGGAGCGAGUGAUGAAUGACUUGGAUGCCAACAACGAUGGCGAGGUAGAUUUCACUGAGUUCAUCAUCCUAAUGGGGGCACUCACCGUGGCCUGCAAUGACUUCUUCCUUGACAGCCCACCCCCCAAAAACAAGGGUGAGCUCAAGUCGGGCUCAGUGGAGUGCGAGAAGAAAGAGUAACAAGGGGGAGGAGAGAGGAGUGAAGCCAGCCUGGGAGGUAGAAGACAAGGCAAGAAAGGGAGCUCAUCUUUUCAUCCAUUUCUGUAAUCACAAUUGACAGGCCUAAUUCCUUGAGGUCUGGGAGAAGAUCCCUCUCUAUUGAGCUAUUAAUUACUUGAAUUUAUCCAUCAUCAAGAUUGUAAUUAUGUUAUGUCCCGAAGACAUGAACAGGUGCAUUUUCAGCAAUGCAAGAAACCUGUUUGCCCCAGCCUGUUAUUCUACCCAGGUAAACAGAAAAAGUACUUGCUUGAAGAUAUUGUUCAAAGAGCAUACUUGUUGGGGUAGUAGGAAAGAUGUCUUCCAUUUAAAAGUACAUUCUGUGAUUUUAAUAGAACAAAGUGUGGCCUCUGCAACAUGUACUGUCAAGCUCUCUAUGUACCUGAGGUUCCUCAAUUUCACAGACACAGCUAAAAUGCAAAUAAACAAGAGCAAGUAACUCGAAAAACCUCAUUGAAGCUGUUGUGGCUUGGUUUACAAAAGCAAUAAAAUAGUAGAUGUAUACCAAAAAAUGACUUAUUCUAUAUUACUAAAAUCAGUGUGUGGCUUUAAAUUCUUGACAGACUGAACAUGGAACAACACAAAAUGUAAUAAACAAAAUCACACCAGCAAAAUAGUGUAAAUUAUGUCCAUGUAAACAAUAUUAACAAUAUUAUCAGGGUUGACCAUUUGAAAGUGUCU